CAUAACAAUAUGGCUGAAAAACAUCACAUUGUGUGCUCGGCGCGUUAUCUAAUUCCUUUACUUUCUUAUUAGCCUUAUAAUCUAUUUUCUGUAGUGUUGUUUGAAGUGUUAGUUCAGACAUGGCAGAACCUGUAACAGGACUUCCUACGAAAGAGCAAGAGAAGGAGAUGAAAGAAAUGAGAAGUUGUCAACGAAUGGCAGGAUGGUAUGGUCUGUGUUCCACAGUGCUUGUCGGUGCAGUGUCAUUUGGUGGUCUAACAUUUGCACCAAGGUCAACAGUUCCAAAAAUGUACAUUCCUAUGCUGUCAUUAGGUAGUGCGGCAUGCUGUGGUUGGGUUGUAUCUGUGUGGUUUACCCGGUCUUGUAGAACAAAACAACUUGUAAAUGUGCAUAGCAAAAAUAUAUCAGUUGAUGGCCAUCCAGCAAGACAAACCAAACAGAGUGACAAAAGUGGCAAAUUACAUGCAUCCAAUAAAUUUGGUGACCAAUCAUUUUUCAAAGACGAAAAAUGAAUAUAUUAUGAAUUAUUUUUGUGCAAAGUGUAAAUAUUUUCUUUGAUGAGAAUAAAUAAAAGCAAUACAACAAGCC